AUGGACACGGCUGAUCAUGACAAGUUCUGUGUUCUCGAGAUUCUUGCCGCUGUCCGUCAUAAUGCCAAGAUGGAGUUCAAUGGCAUCUGGAAGACUAACCAUGAGGUGAAGUAUCCUGAUGGAUCGAGGUAUAUUCGUAAGACUGAUGCAACCAUCUUAUUGUCGAAGAAGAUCAACGACAUGCAGUCUUAUAUCCUUGGCGUCCUCGAGGAACAUGAUCCUGAGAAUGAUUGGAUGGUUCGUGCUGUUCUCAGACGUUGUGUGCCGAGGUUGCUUCUUGUUCAUUGUGGUUUGGAUAAGAUUGUCGAGAACACUCCCGAGGCUUAUCUCAAUGCUAUGGUUGCCACUUGGAUUGCUGACGAGUUUGUCUACUCUAAUGGUCUACAGACUAGUGAGUUCGCCUUCUUCCAGUUCAUGCGUUCACUUGAGGAAAAGUCCGAAGGUGAAGUUACCCCUUCCACUAUGUAA